UCACAUUCCGCCUCACCCGCUCCUGAUCAGGCUAGGAGACGUCAUGUGCUCACCGCUGUCGAACGCCAGCGGUCACAGCUUGAUCGACUCCUCAAGGAUCCCUCGAAGCCUGCUUAUGUGCCUCCUGCACCAAAGGAGAAGACUAUUCGUCCGGCUCGCGAGAUGAUGAAGAAUGUUCAGGGAUCAAGUGCUGGUGCUGGAAGUGGCGAGUUUCACGUAUACAAGGCCAGUAGACGCAGAGAAUACGAGCGACUAAAGAUGAUGGAAGAUGAAGCAAGAAUAGAAUCUGAAACAGCAGAGUUUGAGAGAAGGCGGAAAGAAGCGGAGGAUACAGCUGAAGCCAAGACAGCCAAAAACCGAGCCAAGCGACAAAAGAAGAAGGAAAGAGCAAAAGUUAAGCCAUCAGAGAAAGGCGACGGGAAGGAUGACACGCAAGAAGCUCCAUUGAAGAAAAGACGAUUGGUGAAUGGAAAGGAACUCGUGUUUAGGAAACCUGGGGAGGAGAGCGACGAAGAGGAGGUGGAU